AUAAGAGUUUCAUUUCAUCGGAGUAAACAUAUUUUGCAUAGUUUACUUUUGUACAACUGGAAAUGGAAUUUUUUUUCUCACCGUCUGACCAGUAUUCUGAAACACGUAACUGUCGGGCCGUGUUUAUUUCUUAAUCAUUUCGGUGUUUAUACGCAGAGUGUCGCUCUUCAGAGUUUGCUUUUACCCAAAAUAUGCGACGUACGGCUAGGACUAAACGAAAUAGUUUGUAACAACUUGGAUGAUUUCAGGGAGGAGGAAAAAUUAGUACAAAGACAAACAUCCAACUUAAUUUUGUACAGUGUUCUAAUUGUUAAUCUUCCCGUGGCGUUUUUGAUCACCUUUCUUGGUCUAUGGAGUGAUAAAUAUGGCCGAAAACUGUUAAUUGUUUUGUCGUUAUUGGGAACGUUCCUACAAAGUGAAUCGUUGCAGCCAUACUCCGAAACAUUUGUAGCAAUUCGAUCCCGACUGUUGAAACUCGUUGCAGUAGAUGAAGUCGGAAAGCUCUAUGGAAUACUAACACAGUUUCAGUCCCUAACGCCUUUAUUCGCUGGAGCACUGUUCACUCAGUUAUAUAAGAAAACAUUAACAUUUUUAAGCUGCAUUCUGUGUCAUCCCGGCUUUGGUUUUGGGACUCGACUAGAUUGAACUUGAUAUAACAUUCAAGCCAUGGAAAAAGACGUUAACUUAAAGUCUCAAGAUGCUGAAGAAUCGAAGAACGAAGAAGAGAGAGAAGCUUUUCUAAGUCAAGAUAUACCACAGAUACAGAAAAAGCGUUUCUCACCAUCUUUCUUUUCAAAAGAAAUAAUUGUUUGCGAAGCAGCUCCACGGCCACGAAAAGUAAGGUAUGCAAAAGAAUCCAUAGAAAGCAAAGUCGAAACAGAAAAAAAAUCCAAAGAUCCUGAAACUCCACAAAAUAUACCUCAAUAAUUGGUAUUUCAAACGAUUAGAAGAUGAUGUUUGACUUUGAUUCAACAAUGUUUAUUAAAUUUUCAUUUAACAGAGAAUGAUAUUGUAGCUUAACUUUAUUCACUUGUGUUAUGAAUAUUCAAAGUUUAAAAUCGUCAAAAGUAAUAAUUUACGUGAUUAUAGGAUACCCAGGAACAUUAGAUAAAAACAAAGCAGCUUCUAGACAUACAGAAUAUGAAUAUUUCUUUUUGUGUAUCAUGCAUUUGAGUUAGUUAAUAAAACGCAGUUAUUUACCGUUUUGAUAAGACCCAUAA